CCCGCAGGACAUGGACCCGCCGCCGCCGCCGCUUCCAGGGUUUCGAUCAUAAGGAGUCAGCUCUUCGUUCACUGACGGAAGAUGCCUAAGACUGAAACAGGAUACCCGAACAACCUCAUCUGUACAGCAACAGAAAAUGGUAUUGCUUUAAGUACAUCUGAAUCCUAAAUGAUGGUAUACUUCAUCCACCAAAAGAGCCCCUCAAAGAGUCACCUCCUGGAAAUGAUGCUUUUGUGAAAAAUCUCUGGAAAGAAUUCCAUCUGUCAAGUAGCCUUAGUUCACAACAUGACUUCAUCUGGACGCCAAAACAGGAAUGCUGUUUUAUCUUUUAUCUUGAACUCUGAUUAGCGUUCUGGGCUAACCCUGCCCCAGUUUCCGUUCUAAUGAGUAUCCUAGACAUGAGUCUGCACCGGCAAAUGGGUUCGGAUCGAGACCUGCAGUCUUCCACUUCCUCCAUGAGCUUGCCUUCUGUCAAAAAGGCCCCCAAAAAACGACGCAUUUCCCUCGGCUCCCUGUUUCGGAGGAAAAAAGACACCAAGCGGAAAUCGAGGGAUCUAACUAGCGGAGUAGAUGGCAUCGCAAGUAUCGAAAGCAUCCAUUCUGAAAUGUGCACGGAUAAGAACUCUAUCUUCUCCUCCUGUACCUCCUCUGACAAUGGCACAGCCCCCGGCAGCAAGCAGAGCGGCGACUUUCUGGAGUGCCCCUUAUGUCUCUUGCGGCAUUCCAAGGACCGGUUCCCCGACAUAAUGACCUGUCACCAUAGGUCUUGUGUGGAUUGCUUACGGCAAUAUCUGAGGAUAGAAAUAUCCGAAAGCAGAGUUAACAUCAGCUGCCCGGAAUGCUCUGAACGGUUUAAUCCCCAUGACAUUCGCUUGAUAUUGAGCGAUGACAUCUUGAUGGAAAAAUACGAAGAAUUUAUGCUAAGGCGGUGGCUCGUCGCAGACCCGGAUUGCCGGUGGUGCCCCGCUCCGGACUGUGGGUACGCUGUGAUAGCAUUUGGCUGUGCCAGCUGUCCCAAACUUACAUGUGGACGUGAAGGCUGUGGAACCGAGUUCUGCUACCACUGCAAACAGAUCUGGCACCCCAACCAGACCUGUGACGCCGCCCGCCAGGAGAGAGCUCAGAGCUUACGUCUGCGAACGAUCCGUUCUUCGUCCAUUAGUUAUAGCCAAGAGUCUGGAGCAGCAGCUGACGAUAUAAAGCCAUGCCCACGCUGUGCCGCUUACAUAAUCAAAAUGAACGAUGGAAGCUGCAACCACAUGACGUGUGCUGUCUGUGGUUGUGAAUUCUGUUGGCUGUGUAUGAAAGAGAUCUCAGAUUUACAUUAUUUAAGCCCAUCAGGUUGUACUUUUUGGGGGAAAAAACCCUGGAGUCGGAAGAAGAAAAUAUUGUGGCAGCUGGGAACGCUUGUGGGUGCUCCUGUAGGAAUUGCUUUAAUAGCAGGCAUUGCUAUUCCUGCCAUGAUUAUCGGAAUCCCUGUGUACGUGGGGCGGAAGAUUCACAACCGAUAUGAAGGCAAGGAUAUUUCAAAGCAUAAGCGGAAUCUAGCUAUAGCCGGCGGCGUAACUCUGUCGGUAAUUGUAUCUCCGGUUGUAGCUGCGGUAACUGUAGGAAUCGGUGUUCCCAUCAUGUUGGCUUAUGUAUACGGAGUUGUUCCCAUCUCUCUCUGCCGAAGUGGAGGCUGUGGAGUGUCAGCUGGCAAUGGAAAAGGAGUCAGGAUCGAAUUUGAUGAUGAAAAUGAUAUAAAUGUUGGAGGAACCAAUACAGCAGUAGAUACGACUUCAGUAGCAGAAGCCCGGCACAACCCUAGCAUUGGGGAGGGAAGCGUCGGUGGGUUGACCGGCAGUUUGAGUGCAAGUGGUAGCCACAUGGAUCGAAUAGGAGCCAUUCGCGACAAUCUCAGUGAAACUGCCAGCACUAUGGCCCUGGCCGGGGCUAGUAUAACAGGAAGCUUGUCAGGAAGUGCAAUGGUCAACUGUUUUAACAGGUUGGAAGUACAAGCAGAUGUACAGAAAGAACGCUACAGCCUGAGCGGUGAAUCUGGCACUGUCAGUUUGGGAACAGUUAGCGAUAAUGCCAGCACCAAAGCAAUGGCAGGAUCCAUUCUAAAUUCCUACAUCCCACUGGAUAAGGAGGGCAACAGCAUGGAGGUCCAAGUCGACAUCGAGUCGAAGCCAGCCAAGUUCCGCCACCACAGCGGGAGCAGCAGCGUGGACGACGGCAGCGUGCCCUCCCGGGGGAACGCGGCUGCCGGGCCCGGCGGCGGCCUGCCGGACGGCAAAUCCAGCGCCCCGAAGUGGUCCAAAGAAGCCGCCGGCGGGAAGAAAUCCAAAGGGAAACUGAGGAAAAAGAGCAGCAUGAAGAUAAACGAGACCCGGGAAGACAUGGACGCCCAGUUGCUAGAACAACAGAGCACCAACUCCAGUGAAUUCGACUCCCCUUCGCUGAGCGACAGCCUGCCGUCGGUGGCGGAGUCGCACUCGAGCCAUUUUUCCGAGUUCAGCUGCUCGGACCUGGAGAGCAUGAAGACUUCCUGCAGUCACGGGUCCAGUGACUACCACGCCCGUUUCGCCACGGUCAGCGUCCUCCCCGAGGUGGAAAACGACCGCCUGGAAAACUCCCCGGUCCCGAGUGGCGGGGACGGGCCGGCGCCGAGCCACGGGGCCGAGGAACGCUCCGACCCCGGGGGCACCGGCGCCGUCCGCUCCUGCUUCGGGGACGUCCUGAAGGAAGCCAACAACAACCACCACUCCCAGCCGGCUAGGGAACUGAACGCUGCCAUCCACACGGAGAUCUAGGCCCUGAGAGGCCGCGAGAUGUGGACCACUCAAAACAGCACCCCCCCCCCCCCACCGCCUGGAGUCCGGUCGAACGGCCCGUGGCUACGGUAAGCUUCCAGUGGCCGGCAGAAGUGACUUUUUAUAAGGAUGGGGCAAUUCCAUUUUCUACGGCAGAGAGGCAGGACAUCGCAACAGGUGGCUCUGGGCCACCGAACUUCUUGAAGUGAAAUGAAGGCUUUAAAAGUGCAUUACAACGGACAAUAAACUGUAAAGUCAAAACUAACGGGGUUUUUUUUUUUUGUGCGCGCGUGUGUGUGUGUGUGUAUGUGUUGGCCACAAAACUUUGCUUGAAAGUACUUAUUUGUGUAUUCAGAUGGAAAUUUGGUUUAAUUUAUAACGGAUAUCUAUCUGUAUAUCUAUCUAACAGAUAGAUAUACAGAUAGAUAUAUAAAAUACUAAUGUAGUCCUACCGUCUUCUCGAGACAGACUUGAGGCAUAGGGUUAAAAGUGGGUGGUCGCAAUUUAUCAAAACCACUAAGGAUCACUGAUUCAGCAAAAUAUGAAUCUUUUCCCCCCUGCCCCCUGCUCCCACUGCUCCCCACCCCCCCAGGAAUCUCACAGGCUGUUCUGCACUAGCCCCCGCUCUUUACAUCCCGCUCAUAACUGGGCGGAAACUUGGGAUGUUUUUCUUCCAGUAGAAACCAAAUGCAACGUGGAUCUAAAAAACUGACCCUCUGACUACCGGUUGGACGCUUGUACGCCUUGAGCGAGGUCACGGCCGUCUUUGCACAACUUUGAAAUAACGAAACACGGUACUUGAUAGACCUUGUAGAACCUCCAUGACACCUUAUAAGAGCGUUGUAAUGGUAAUUAAGACAAGUAACGCUAAAUAUAUGAAAAUUGUAAACCAAGCCUCCGUUGCUCUAGAAGCAUUUUCAAGAAAGCCACCUUUCGUUCGAGGCGGGGAGACCGUGCCCCAUUGAUUCUCGGUGCCUUUGGAACAGACUGGGUUGAAAGUGCCUGGUCGUUUGAGGAUUUGGCUGUAAAAUCCUCUCUGGCCACCCUGGAUUCUGAAGAAAACUAGAGGGAAAAAAAAGACUGUGGUAGAUAGUUAACUACGUGUUGUUAUUAAUAAUAAUGAAAAUGUAUUAGCCUACCAAAGACUCACUCAGGCUUUAGUGGAUAACACUUUACUUCCCCAUCGGUUUGCAAAACCCAGACAUCCCCAGUCAUGGAAUCAAAGCACAGGGCAGAGCUCGCACAACUUCAAAAGGAAGAUUAAGAAUAUGGCUGGCUUCUUCCCUUAUGCGCUCGCUUAUGACGGACGUCAGCUAACACCAACUAGAGUUGGCUAAACUGCCUGCAUUAACCUACCUAUGUAAUUCACUAAAAUGCAAAGCAAGUGACUAUCCAGAUAAGUGGGAAAAAAAAAAAGUUCCGUCUCCUGUGUUUCUUGUAAGUAUUGCCAUUAUGGUGCUACUGAGAGUUUUGAUUUGAUAAAAAAGAAAAAUGCCAUGAGCUACAGUCCUCUUUCAUGACGCCGCCUCCUCCUCCUCGGUUCCAUUAAUAUGCUUAUAACACUAGUGCCAGUUAUGUUCUUUGAUGCUUGUUAUGGUAUUUGUAUAUUUGUUGCGAUCCAAUUUUGCUCAGCAAUAUGCGUGUACACUGCAUAACGGAAAUAAAUGUAAGUACUAA